AUGUCUUCAGAGAGCAUAAUACAGCAAGGAUAUGAUAACGGAUCAGCUACAACUGUCUCAGGGAAUGUGACAUCAACAAACACAGCUGGUGCUUCAGUGUAUAUCAGUCCAAUAGUUCUCGAUUUCUUCUUGACCUUUAACCUAUUGAUAUGCGGGAACAUCGUGGGGUUAUUGGGAAUCUCAGGAAACAUCAUCAACAUCAUCGUCUUUUACAAGCAGGGCUAUGAGGACAGCGUCAAUAUAACUUUAACUGCUCUGGCUGUCAGUGAUAUCGGGGCGUUGGUGUUUGUGUUGAUGGUCAUUGUCAUGAUUAAUCCGUGGUUUCUAAACGUCGAUGUUUCUAUUGUUCAUAUAGACGUUGCAACGAUGCUGGCCUUUUACCCACACAAUUAUUUCAUCCGUGUGUGUGGGUUCAUCACGGCCUUCGCGUCGUGUGAGAGAUGUCUGUGUGUUUUGGUGCCCCUUAAAGUCAAACAAAUUGUCACCAAAAGAUUUUCUCUUCUAGUCAACGUGUUUAUUUUUAUUGUUAUGCUAUUGGAUUUAUUCCCUGUGUAUUACGUUGUUUAUCUAGAUUGGACAUUUAUUCCUAAUCAAAAUAAGUCACUUAUUGCGUCUAACUAUCGACAAAAUCCGUUUGCUAUAUUAAGAUAUACAUAUUUCGUUACAGAAAUUUUUGUUCCAUAUUUUACGUUUUUUGUUAUUAUUUUAUCCAAUGUUAUUAUUGGGUUAAAGUUGAACGCACGGUCCCAAUGGUUGAAUUCUGUGUCUCACACGAAUAACAAAAAAGACAACGCCGUGUCGAAUAGAGAGAAACGUGUUGUUCUAAUGUUGAUCGUCGUCUCUGUUAUUUUCAUCGUCUGCCUCAUUCCUCAGUCAGCAAUACUGACAGCACUCAUCCAGGUACAGGAUCUGGGUAGUGGGGGUCGGUAUUUUGACGUGUCUAUGUUGUGUUACAGUAUCUCUUACCUGAUGGAGGCCGUGUGCUCUAGCGUCAACAUCCUGGUCUACUACAAGAUGAGCAGUAAAUACAGGAAGACACUGUGUAGGUUUUUUAAAUGCUAUUACUAA